UUGCUGCUGGAACCGGACCAGCAUCGCCAAGGAUGCUGGGAAGGGUAGUUUAGCAACUUUUGGAAAACAAGAGAUUCCCCACUCCUGAAUUAAACGGAUGCACAGAGCCUCCUCUUCCUGCCGAAAGAAGGAAAUCUUUUUUCAUCAGCCCCUUGAUGGAGAAUAUGGGGCAACACUUCCUUAGCAAGGAGCCUCGUUUCUAACGCCAGUGUGAUGAACAAAACCUCAGCGAGUCCAGGUGUCUUUGGGCAAUUCUUUUCUGUCGAAGAUAAUUAUGGAGGGAGAGCUUCGAAAUAUUAUUAUCUUCAAUGCUUCCAAAAAGGAAAUUUUUACUAUGAACAGUGGUUACAGAAUUUUACAAAAAAAACUUCGUGGUAACUGGAAAAUACAGAGCUUAAAAGAUGAAAUCACUUCAGAGAAACUUUCAGGAGUAAAACUGUGGAUUACUUCCGGACCCAGAGAAAAGUUUACAGCUGCUGAAUUUGAAGUUCUGAAAAAAUAUCUAGAAAGUGGUGGGAAUAUCUUGGUGAUGCUGGGAGAAGGUGGUGAAUCUCGUUACGAUACUAACAUCAAUUUCUUAUUAGAAGAGUUCGGAAUCAUGGUCAAUAAUGAUUCUGUGGUGAGAAAUGUGUAUUAUAAAUAUUUCCAUCCUAAAGAAGCCUUGGUGUCUAAUGGAGUUUUAAAUCGGGAAAUCAGCAGAGCUGCAGGAAAAACAGUGACUGGGAUAAUAGAUGAAGAUACUGGUGGAAAUGAUUCACAGGCUCUCACGUUUGUAUAUCCGUUUGGUGCUACAUUAAAUGUGAUGAAACCUGCAGUGGCUGUUCUGUCUACAGGCUCUGUCUGUUUUCCUCUUAAUAGACCCAUAUUGGCUUUUUAUCCUUACAAGACUCAAGGUGGCAAAUUAGCAGUAUUGGGAUCAUGUCAUAUGUUCAGUGAUCAGUAUUUGGAAAAAGAAGAAAAUACCAAAAUCAUGGAAGUACUUUUCCAGUGGCUUACAACAAACGACAUUCACUUAAAUCAGAUAGAUGCAGAAGAUCCAGAAAUUUCUGAUUAUACAAUGCUUCCUGAUAUAGCCACUUUGUCAGAACGAUUACGAGUUUGUCUGCAAGAAGGAGAUGAGAAUCCACGAGAUUUUACAACACUGUUUGAUAUGUCUAUUUACCAACUAGAUACUACAGCACUUCCCAAAAUUAUUAAGUCUUAUGAACAGUUGAAUGUGAAAUAUGAACCACUUCAGCUAAUUCAGCCACAGUUUGAAACACCAUUACCUGCACUCCAGCCAGCAGUUUUUCCACCAGCCUUCAGAGAGUUGCCUCCUCCCAGCCUGGACUUGUUUGAUUUGGAUGAAACCUUUUCUUCUGAGAAAGCUCGACUUGCCCAAAUAACAAACAAGUGUACUGAAGAUGAUCUGGAAUUCUAUGUCAGAAAAUGUGGUGAUAUUCUUGGGGUAACUAAUAAACUGCCAAAGGAACAGCAAGAUGCCAAGCAUAUACUGGAGCAUAUUUUCUUUCAAGUGGUGGAGUUCAAGAAGCUAAAUCAAGAACAUGAUAUAGAUACAAGUGAAGUUGGAUUCCAGGGUGGUUUCUGAACAAUCCAAAGCAUAAACAAUGUCUCCUUUUUGGGAGAAGAGGAAUUAUAAUUUAUUGAACAAGCACAUGAUUACUGACUGUUAUCUGCCAAUUAUCUAUACCUACACUAUGUUGUAAAUAUGAAGAUAGUCUAAAAAUUUGAAUAAGAAACUCUUAGAGGCAAUAAUUAUAUAUAUAUAUA